GUCACCUGAUAAUCAAGAGGGGAGGGUGUGCUAAUGUUUACAACCAUUGGGCUGUCAAUAAUUUUAACGUAAAAACUGUGAUUUUGUCAAUAUUUCUGCAGCAUAUGAAAAGACAAGUAUAUAAUGGCGCAAACUAAAUGACCUCUUCUCGCAUUCAGAUUUGUGUGGACUGUGAGUCUCCUGCUUGCUCUUGAAUCUGAAUCGGUGUCUGGUAAAGAACAUUUCAGUGUGUACAUCUUUCUGGUCAACGGGUGUGUAUUGCAAUUUUCCUGAUGGAGUGGGUGUUCAUCAUGAACCGGAUGAGCUCUCAGGGUAGCUCUGCAGCCCAGCGGAGGCGGAUGGCCCUGGGGGUGGUGAUACUCCUGCUGGUGGAUGUCAUCUGGGUAGUCUCGUCUGAGCUAACCUCAUACAUUUUCAGGCAACAGGAGUACAACAAACCCUUCUUCAGCACAUUCACCAAGACCUCCAUGUUUGUCCUCUAUCUGCUGGGCUUCCUGCUGUGGCGGCCCUGGAGGCAGCAGUGCACUGGCUCUCUGAAACGGCGGCACUCUGCGUUUUUUGCUGAUGCUGAGGCCUACUUUGCACCCUGCACCACUGACACCACUGUGAACAACUGUUUGAGUGAACCAUUGUAUGUCCCGGUGAAGUUCCAGGACGUACCUGCUGAGCACUCAAAUUGUUUAAUGGGAGACUGCGAAUCUUCUUCCAAAAAGCAGCGGGUGCGUUUCAGUAAUAUCAUGGAGGUGCGUCAGCUGCCCUCUACUCAAGCCCUGGAGGCAAAACUGUCCCGUAUGUCCUACCCAGCUGCCAAGGACCACGAGGCCAUGUUGCGCACAGUGGGCAAGCUAACCAUCACUGAUGUGGCCAAAAUCAGCUUCUUCUUCUGCUUCGUGUGGUUCCUGGCUAACCUGUCCUAUCAGGAGGCCCUGUCCGACACGCAGGUCGCCAUCGUCAACAUUCUCUCAUCCACCUCAGGUCUGUUCACGCUCAUCUUAGCAGCCAUAUUUCCCAGCAACAGCAGCGACCGUUUCACCCUGUCCAAGCUGUUAGCUGUGGCUCUGAGCAUGGGAGGAGUUACCCUCGUGAGUUUCUCCAGCAUGGACAACCCUGAUGAGAAAGGCAUCGCAGGUUCUUUGUGGUCGCUGGCGGGGGCGGUGCUGUAUGCGGUCUACAUUGUAAUGAUCAAGAGACGAGUGGAUCGGGAGGAUAAGCUUGACAUCCCCAUGUUCUUUGGGUUUGUGGGUCUGUUCAACCUGCUGCUGCUGUGGCCGGGCUUCCUCCUGCUCCACUACACGGGCUUCGAGGCCUUUGAGCUUCCCAGCCAGCUGGUGUGGACGUACAUCCUCAUUAAUGGCCUCAUUGGAACCGUUCUGUCAGAGUUCCUCUGGCUCUGGGGCUGUUUCCUCACAUCGUCUCUAAUCGGGACUCUGGCAUUGAGCCUCACCAUCCCGCUCUCUAUUAUGGCAGAUAUUUGCAUGCAGAAGGUCCGUUUCUCGUGGCUGUUUUUUGCCGGGGCGGUCCCUGUCUUCCUCUCCUUCUUCAUCGCAACGCUCCUGUGCCACUACAACAACUGGGACCCUGUCCUGUUGGGGCUGAGGAGAGUGUACGUCUUCAUUUGCAGAAAACAUCGCAUUCAGAGAUUGCCAGAAGACAGCGAGCAGUGUGAAAGCCUUAUCCCUCUACACACCGUCUCCCCCAGCGAAAGAAGCUUCUGUUCGUGAUCCAGCAGCCAAACACAAAGUGGCGAAUGUGGAUCUCGCUGAGCUGACAAUCUGGAAGCUUUCAGAGACAUUGAACCCCAGUGCCUCCUAUUAAAUCUAUUUAUUUUCUAUAGUGUUGAGACGAUGCAUCCAUUUCUACAAGCUCGUUUUUUAUUUUCACAUUCCAGUCAUCACAGACUGAGAUUCAUUGUUUGUUUUUUUUUUUGACGUUUUCUGUGUAAAAAGAAACCUUAUGGUUCUCAAGGUGCUGGACAUUAUCAGUGAUUGCCAUAUUGUCAUGUGACCAAAUGAAACGGUACAUGUUGAACUUGAUCAUAACCCUAACGGAGGCAGAGUAACUGUGUGUGUAACUGAACAUCUGUGAGUUCACAAAAUAUCUUUCAGGACGAACAUUGUUCCGUACUGGACGUGGUUAUGUUUGUUAUAGUCUUGCUGCUUGUUUAAGUGUGUGUGUGUGUGUGUGUGUGAAGCAGACACAGUGCACUUUUACAAAUUAUUUUGUUUUUGAUUUGGUUGCCUUUGACAGAGAAAGCCUGCUUUUUUUUUCCAUAAAUCAGCCAAAACACUUCAUAUGAUGAGGUAGUCAAUAUGGCCGCAUUGUUUUCAGGAGCAGUGAUGUGUUCGAAUCAGAAACGCAGCGCAGUGAUGAGUUCAUGAUACUCUCAGCAGCUUGGGUGAUGACCGAACCUUUCCUCUGCGUUCCUUUAGACCUCCAGGUAUUUCUAACACUGUCCUGAUGGCAUUCAACUUUUUAAAGGGAUAGUUGUUAUUGUUUUAAGUGAGAUUGUAUGAGGUACUUAUCCACCGUCAGUGUGUUACUACAGUAGAUGCAGUUUGGAGAAGCAGACAGGAGUACCAGCAGGAAGCUAAGUACUGUACUGCUGUGGACAGGUCAGCAGCAACACAUACUGUAUGUUAGACACCUAAACAAAUAUCAGUUUAAGUGUACACUAUAUUUAGAAUAUUUUCCCUGCUUUACUUUGCUGUCAGACGACGCUUUCUGAACGGGAACUGAAGCCGUUAUCUUUCUGAACUAACCUUUAAAACACCAACGUCACAGAAUAACUAACCAAUAGAGGCAGCAGUAGACCAACUCCUGUGUUCUGAGAGGUAAAAUGAAUGUUUUUGUCAAUGGAGUCUGGCGGCUUUGAAGACAGCAAAGAUAACGCUUCAGUCACUAAAGCAGUGAAAAUAUUCUAAAUAGUGUACGCUUGAACCGAUGGUGAUUAUUUUAGGUGUCUCACAUAUGUGUUGCUGCUGACCCGUCCACAGCAGUACAAUACUUGGCUUCUCCGUCCUGUCUGCUUCUCCAAACUGCAUCUCCUGCAGGUAACACACUGACUGUGGAUAAGUACUUCAUACAAUCUCACUUCAAAACAUCCAAACUAUCCCUUUAACAUCUGUCAGUAAAAACAUUUCAAAUUCUUUUUUUUGUCUUAAACGUUCAUCAAGGAAACCUUUUGUAAGUCUGACGUGAAGAAAAGUGAAAUCUUACUACAGCUGAACAAGAAAGCAUCACAUGCUUCAACAGCUUUCUUGUUUCCCUCUGUACCUCAGAGUGCUGGAUCAUAAAGACAAACUGUGAUAGACAUAAUCCUUGUGUUUGAAUAUGAAGUGAUGUUAAGCUUUCCGCUAUAAGCUACAAAACGCCUUGCUGCAAUAACGGUCGUCAGCUCGUAUGAGCAGAUUCCUUUCAAAAUGGGUGUAAAUACUGUAUACAGUGAAGCAUCAACAGAGAAUUGAUGUUUUGUUUGUGAAAUUCAGAUGACCACUACAGAUUCCCGUCUGAGAUUGUGUAUCCUUUUAUAUUUUAUGUAUCACUGUAAAUGAUUUGUGCCAGAGGAAGAGUUUGCAUAACAGCCUAAUUGUUUUACUUGCAAAUGAGAUUAUAUCCCAUCGAUUGGACUGUUGUGUAUGAUCCUUUUCUUUCUAAAGCAAAAAUGAUUUAUUUACUGUUUGUGUUUUUCAUGUGAUGAGCAUUUCUUUUAGCAGCCUCAGUGUCUGUCACAUAAUCCAUGAUGUACACACUGCAGUCGAAGGUGAAUGUCAAUGUUGUUCCACAUCCUGUUAAAUGUCAGAUUUCUGUUCAUGUUUAUGGAGUGUUUAUUGCACUCAGCAUGACUGGGCGUAUGAAGUAGAGGAAGUAAUAACCGGCAUGUGAGGGUAAACUAACAGGUUGAGCACUUUAAGUGACGUAAACUUCUCUCGUUCAUGUUCAUUAUUGAACCUGCUGUGUUUUUGCCAAUGAGUUCCUCCUUCUGUGUGAAAGCUUUUUAGGAUGAUUAGUUUGCCAUGUUGUCUGCUUAGACAUUAUUUUGUUUUCAUCUUUUAUCAAUGGUGCUUGUGGAAUCAUAAAUAUGAUUAUAUUUCUUUCUCAGGUUCUUUGUCUUGUUUUCUGAGCAAUUUCUUUGUCUUGAAGUGUCAAUGAAGAUGUUCUAAAAUCUAAAAGAAGGCUGUAAUAAUAUCAACCGCAGCUCUUGAAUUAUCCUUUUAUUUUGCAAGUCUGUUUUCAUACUUACACUGCACUAUUAAAACAUAUCUUUUUAAA